CUAAACACCUCUUUAUUUACCUAUAUCUAUCUCUCUAAGCGCGGAAAAUGUCAUCCCGAUCCAGCCGCACUCGCCCCGCGAGUAACAACCACCAGCAGCAGGUGUCCCAAAGCCGGCGUCAAACUCGCGGUCGUACCACCACCAACAACAAUGAGGGUCGCAACAACCGAACCACAGGCGUCGCGGCGGCACACCAGGACGACAGGUCGUUGAACCGGAUGUUCGCGCGGGUCGACGCGGCCCUCCAGCGGCUGGUCGGUCCGCCGAACGAGGCGGCCGUCACGCGGAGGCUCCACGUCGUUCUCGAGCUGAUGCACCAGCCGAGGCGCAGGAGAACAAGGAGGAGAGCCGCGAACCAUCAGGGACAAGCGAGACCGGUCACUGGAGGGGACGCCCUGGAGAUGAUGUCCGUGUCGUCGGAGGAGACGCUGCGCGCGAGGAGGCUACCCGCGGGGAGGACGAGGUGCAGCCACAGCGUCUACGACUGGAGUUUCUGCUCGAAGUGCCACACCAAUCGUCGUCACCUGUCCCGCUGGUGGUGGCAAAAUCGGUACAAGCAACAUUGAUGCGUCGGAAACCACUACGGGUGCACGAGUCGAUCGCCACACGCCGCGAUAUGGAGAAAGCAGUUAUAUACGUUAGUUCUAAGAAAUUCGCUCAAAGCGAUGAUAAUAAUAUUAUGUUGUUGUUGUUGUUGUUGUUAUAUUUUUAUACGCAUAUAUAUAUAUAUUUAUAUUACAAAGUGUUGCCAUAUUGUUUCAAAGACUUUCGUGUGUUACCCAUAUUUAUAUAUAUAUAAAGUUUUUGUUGUUGAAUAUUAUAUUAUGUAUGCAUGUAUACAUGUAUCUCUGAAUUUGUUGGCACUUGUAUUGAUCACACAGUCAAGAUUUAGUAUUUAUAAUGGCAAAGGUAACGAUCCUCGUAUCGAAAGAGGAGCCCAUGUAUUGUACAGCGAGAAUAUUGUUGUUGAAGUUAAAGUUAAAGUUAUUGCUCGAUGAAUCCUCUCGAUGGUCGAUAAUACAUUGAAUAAAAUUGUUGUUGCUAUUGUUAUUGUAAGGCAUGCAAAUUUUUGAAUAUAUAUAUACAAUGUACG